GAAACUAGAAAAAAGAAAUGGAAAGAAUUGCUAAAAUUGGAAUGAAUGAAAAAAAGUAGGAAAUUAAAGUUAGAAGUGAUCGCAAGUUGUUCCAUCUCAGUCGUCUCCUCUCUUUUCCAGCGUCCGAUCUCUCAUCCAUUCCCUUCCUUCCAUUGCGCGCCUUCAUACAAACCCUCUCCCCCCUUCCCCUAAUUUAUCAGGGUUCUUCUGCGGGCGCUCAUGGCAGACGGUCAGGCCCCGUUUCACUUCCCGGGCAGUCCCGGCGGUGGCAGCCACGAUAGCGGGGACCAUAGUCCCGGCCCCAGGUCGAAUGUUCGGGAGCAGGAUAGGUUUCUCCCCAUCGCGAAUAUCAGCCGGAUCAUGAAGAAGGCCCUCCCGGCGAACGGGAAAAUUGCAAAGGAUGCGAAGGAUACCGUUCAGGAGUGUGUGUCAGAGUUCAUUAGCUUUGUCACCAGCGAGGCAAGCGACAAAUGCCAAAAGGAGAAAAGAAAGACCAUCAAUGGUGAUGAUCUGCUAUGGUCAAUGGCUACUUUAGGAUUUGAAGAUUAUACCGAGCCUCUCAAGGUGUAUCUCGCUCGAUACAGAGAGAUGGAGGGCGAUACAAAGGGAUCUGCCAAGGCUGCAGAAGGCUCUAACAGAGGUGCUGCGCAACCUAACCCUAACUUACAGGGACAACAUUUUGUGGUUCCAAUGCGAAGCAUGGAAUAGAGACGGCUUCUCUGGGCUUCGGCAUCAAUCUUCUUUGCUGCCACAGGUUGUGUUCAUCUGAUCAGACUUAAGAAUACGUUUGGCUAACUCAUACCACUAGUGGAAGUUUUAAAGCCCUUUUUUGUAUCAGUAGAAACUCUCAAUUAUUUGUUAUUGCUCAGUAAAUGUAUUAGUGCGCAAACACAUCGUUUUUGUUACAAACCGUCGUUUGUUUUGGUCAUGUUGUCAAAACAAGUAAUCAUGUAACCUAAUCAAGUCAUUCUUUUGAG